GCAGCCUAUCACUCAGCAGGGCGCUGGGCUGUGGCUUCAGGCUCCACCCACCACCGGGCGGCGUCAUGCGGUCACGGCGCCCAGCCUUCUUACAAAGCCCGAAACAGACGGGAGCAUCACCUGCCUGGGUCGGGCUCAUUCCAUCGCCGCUCAACCUGGAAGAAAGGGACAACCGUCCCUCUAUUCAACACCAGAUUGAGGCAGUCGGCGGUGAACAAAGUUUGAUACUUGUUCGUCCCGAGGCCCUAACAAGCGCUGGUUCAAUCCCGCCGACCCGGUGCCUUUAUCCAGGCCACCUCGAUCCCCUCCUUCGCUUCUGUUCCUUCGACAGUCGCUCCGCAUCCCGUCUUCCAGAUUGUCGUUGAGGUGUCGCUCUCCACAACGCAGCGAUGGCGACCUCAAUUAUCCCCGCCCGGGCCAUCAUCCCGUUCCUGGUGGCCAUGAUGCUAUUCACGGGCGUCUGCAACACGCUCCUGACCAAGUAUCAAGACAACCUCUGCGUGCGCGACUGCGACAACCCCGACCCGAAGAAGCGCCGGCACUUCGAGCAGCCCGUGAUCCAGACCCUACAGAUGUUCGUCGGCGAGAUGGGCUGCUGGCUGGUCGUGGGCCUGGUCUCGCUAUACCGCCGCUACGUCAAGCCGUCCUCCGCCUCCUCGACCACCUACCAGCCCAUCCCCACCACCGCCGACGAUGGUGACGACAACAACGACAGCGCCAACCCGCGCACCGCCGACGACAACGCCAGCAUCCGCUCCACCACCCCGCUCAACCCCAGCCCCGACGACGGCUGCGGCACGAGCAACAACGCCAACGACUGCGGCGCGCCCAAGCCGCACGCCUGCCCGUCGGUGCUGCGCGGCUGGCGCGUGACGCUGCUGGCGCUGCCCGCCAUCUGCGACAUCCUGGGCACGACGCUGAUGAACGCGGGCCUGCUGCUGGUGGCGGCCUCCAUCUACCAGAUGACGCGCGGCGCGCUGGUGCUGUUCGUGGGCGUUUUUAGUGUUGUCUUUUUGAGGCGGCGUUUGUAUGCCUUCCAGUGGCUGUCGCUGGUCGGGGUGAUGCUCGGCGUGGGCAUUGUGGGGUUGGCGGGGGCGAUCCAGCCGGAUAAGAAGCACGCUGAUGUUGGGCUCGAGCCGGAGGAGGUGAAUGCCGAUGCGGUGCGGGUCGUGGUCGGUGUUUUGAUGAUUGCGGGCGCGCAGAUCUUUACGGCCACGCAGUUCGUGCUGGAGGAGUGGAUUCUCGAGCGGUCGGCUAUCGAGCCGCUUCGUGUUGUCGGCUGGGAGGGCGUGUUUGGCUUCUCGGUGACGUUGUUGGGUAUGGUGUUGCUGCAUGCGGCGAUUGGCAGGACCGCGGCGGGACAGUAUGGGCCGUUUGAUAUGGUCGAGGGGUGGCGCCAGUUCUGGGAGAACAAGGGCGUGUUUGUCUCGAGUAUCCUGAUCAUGAUCAGCAUCGGCGGCUUCAACUUCUUCGGCCUGUCGGUCACGCGCAGCGUCAGCGCCACGGCGCGCUCCACCAUCGACACGUGCCGCACCCUCUUCAUCUGGAUGGUCUCGCUCGGCCUCGGCUGGGAGACUUUCAAGUGGCUGCAGGUCCUCGGCUUCGUCCUGCUCGUCUACUUCACCUUCCUCUUCAACGGCGUCGUCCAGCCCCCCUUCGCCUUCCUCCGCGUCCGCGAGGUCGAGGAGCUGCUGCCGGAGGAGCCCAUCGAGCAUAACUAGACGUGGUCGGUUGUGGUCGGAGUCGGGGCAGUUUGGGGUCGUUUAUAUUCGUUCGCCUGGCUGACGUGCCGUACUCGUGCGGUAUGUCGGGUGGGUGGGAUUGAGCUUAGGGGAGCUGACGGUGUAUAUAUCAAUCACGUCGGCGGCGUUUGGAUCGUGACAGGGAAGUGGAUAUAUAGGCAGUGUGGCGCAUGGUACACGGUAUCAUCAUCAUCGUCAUGGGAAAGGCGCAGACACGGGACAUUUUUCGUUUUAAAUUGGAAUGGCUAGAACAGCAUCAUCUCAGAUAACGGAGUAUGGGCG